AUGAGUGGACAGGUCAAGACAAUCGCGCGCAUCCUGCAGGCAGCAGGUUCCGCUAUACAAGCAAAUGGCAACCUUGUCCUCCUUAAUGUGGAGAAUGGCCAUCUUGUAGAGAGGAUCUUUGACGGCGAGGACCUCAAAGACCAGAGACUGGUCGUGGAUGGCGUGAAAUCUGGCGCAUCUUCAGCCUUUGUCGUGUCAGACAACCAUGCCUUGAUCCUCUACAUUACAAAUGGGGGUGAACUCAAGGCUAGUGAGUUUGACCCCGACUCAGAGGAGUGGGAUGAGACUGAGCUCAAUGGCUUGGGCAAAAUCAAGGCCCAGCAGGAGAGCGGCCUCUCUGCCGUAACUAUCAAUGACUCCAUUCUGGUAUUUUACCAGGCACCAGAUGGCACGAUCAAGAGCAUCCGCCACAACCAGGGUUCCAAAACCUGGGAAGGCGGGUUCAGCGUUCCUGGCGCCGCUGAAAUCGGAACGCCUAUUGCUGCUUUCAACAACAAGGAGGCCUUGAUAGUCGCCUUUGUUGAGAAAGACGGAACAAUCCACGCUCACAGUAGAGACUUCGCUUCGGGCGACUGGACCGAAACCAUCCUUCCAAACUCGUCCUUCGACGAUAAGAUUGCCAAUUUUUCGGUCUCCCAGGACAUUACCUCGGGAGAGCUUGAUUCUUACGUACUCAUC